CUCAAUUCAUGGCCUCCAUAUCAAUCUCUAGCCCCCAACAAACCCUAAACCACUCAAUUCAUGCAUCAAGGAGAAGAAGCAUAUGCAAUCAACCCAUUCUGGGGAUUGUGAAGGUCCCCAGCAUGAGGACUAGCAUUUGGGUGAAGUACUCUGCCCUAGCCGAUCCCACUAGCCCGGUUGCUAGGCUGACUAGGCUCGACUUGCCUUCUCAGGUCGAACCUAUGUCGGAGUUUGACUUUGAGGCAUACAUGAAGGUCAAGGCGGAUCGUGUGAACCGCGCGCUCGAUGUGGCGGUUCCUCUGUGUCAUCCAGAGCAGAUCAAUGAGUCAAUGCGCUACUCGUUGUUGGCGAGUGGGAAGCGCGUGCGCCCCAUGCUGUGCCUGGCAGCAUGUGAACUUGUGGGCGGGCACGAGGGGGAUGUGAUGGCUGCAGCGUGCGCUGUUGAGAUGGUACACACCAUGUCCCUCAUCCAUGACGACCUCCCAUGCAUGGACAACGACGACCUCCGCCGGGGGCGACCUACCAACCACAAGGUCUUUGGUGAGGGCAUGGCCGUACUGGCAGGUGACGCUCUUCUAUCACUUGCAUUCGAGCAUUUAGCCGCUCACACACCAACACAUGUCGGCUCCAAUAGGAUUUUGGGGGCAAUCGUCGAGCUGGGAAAAGCAGUCGGUGCAGAGGGACUUGUUGCCGGGCAAAUCAUAGACAUCGCGAGCGAAGGUGAUCCUAAGGUGGACUUGGAGGUUUUAGAAUACAUCCAUGUCCAUAAGACUGCGGUCUUGCUGGAGUGUUCGGUGGUGUGUGGGGCAAUGCUGGGAGGUGGCUCUGAUGAGGAUGUUGAAAAGCUCCGCACGUAUGCACGCCACAUCGGAUUGUUGUUCCAAGUGGUCGAUGACAUAUUAGAUGUGACUGCAUCCACAGAGGAGCUUGGAAAGACGGCUGGCAAGGACAUGGUGAGCGACAAGGCCACAUACCCUAAAUUGAUGGGGCUCAGCCAAGCUAGGGACUUUGCAGAGGAUCUCCUUAACAAGGCCAAGGAGGGCUUGGCCGGAUUCGACCCGGCCAAGGCCGCCCCUCUCCUAGGCUUGGCGGAUUACAUUGCCCAUCGUACAAAUUGAUGUGACUCACAAAGGCUAGGAUUUGAUAUCAAGAUGACUUAAAAAAUUUUAUUCUCUUGGAAGGAAAGGCAUCUAUGUGUAGAAGAAGCUGCCAAAAGGGGGUUUGUGGGGAU